CACAAGCUGUGUCAUGCUAGUGAAAGAGCUCACCCAAUCAUGUACCGUAGAACGUCCUACGUCACACCGUUCCUCGCCUUGAUAAAGGCGCACUUCGUAACAAUAAACAUCAUUCAUCACCCGACUGGCGGCCCGCUUACAUGGUGGCAGCGGUGCCCAGUCGAGAUGUCGAAACCGUCAACGCCGCCGAUGCCCCCAUUGCCGUCAACGCUGCUGCCGCCACCGAAGCCCCUGGACACCUCAGGCGACGCAUGGCUCGGAUGGAAAAAUUGGAAACGUGAGUUCGCCUUGUUUUCCACCGCUACGCAAUUGAGCAAUCAGCCAGAGGAAGUGCAGGCAGCAACCUUACUAAUAACAAUCGGAGAAGAAGCCAGAAAGGCGUACGAGACCUUUAAGUUCACAACAGAUGAAGAAAGAAACAGUGUAGAAGUACUGAUUCAAAAGUUCGAAGAAUACUACAAGCCCGCUACAAACCUGACUUUCCAGGAAUUCAGAUUUGGGUCAAGAGACCAAAAAGAAGGUGAACCUUUCAACGAAUGGUUAACAGAGCUAAGGAUUCUAGCUAAGAAUUGCGAAUUUGGAGAGCUAGAAGAUCGGAUGCUACGCAGCCGUAUCAUCCUAGGAGUUCGAGACAAGAGCCUGCAGCGGAAAUUACUUGUUGAAAACCCAACCUACGAAAAGACCGUUGAGCUGUGUCGCCUUCAAGAACAAGGGCAGGAAAAGUUCCGAGAGAUUACUGGAACAGCGCAAGGCGCAUCUGAGACAACUAUUAAUGCUGUUGCUGCGAAAAAGAGUCCCUGCUCUAGGUGCGGCUAUUUUACUCACCGCUGCGAAACCUGCCCAGCAAAAGGAAAAACGUGCAAGAAAUGUGGAAGGCUUAAUCACUUUGCUCAAGUGUGCAAGACGCCGGUACUUCAACAAAGCGCGAAUAAACCGAAGAAAGAACUACGCGCUCUGCACACCGAAAGUGACGAGGAAUUCUUUCUCGAAGCAUUAACGGUAAACUGGGUCGAGACCGACAAAUGGAGCGCGUCAGUUCACAUUGAGGGCAAACCAAUGGCGUGCAAGCUAGAUACGGGCGCUAACUGCUGCGUCAUAUCAAUGCAAGACGCCGUAAAGCUUUCAGAUAAGCCUCGGCAAGAGUGUCAAGUGACGCUAACUGCGUUUUUCGGAAACAAGACGACUGCUCACGAGAAAGUAAAAUUGCUUCUUUCCGCAAACGGCAGAGAGCACGAAGAACUCUUCUUUGUCGUAAAACAACAUGUGCCGAUCACCUUGAGCGGAUCCGUUGCCGAGCGCCUGGGACUUCUGUACCGGGUGCAGAAUGUUCAUCUAGACAACUUGUACCAAGCCGCACAACCUUUUGCAGAAGUUUUCAAAGGCCUUGGGCAAUUGAAAGAUGUCGAGUAUGAAAUGAAGCUGAAACCUGGAACUGUUGGAGUCGUCGUGCCGGCCAGGAGAGUUCCAGUUGCUCUUCAAGACAAGGUGAAGGCGGAACUUCAGCGCAUGGAAGAGCAAGGCGUCAUAACCAAGACAGAAGUCCGCUACCUAGGUCACAUCCUCACCACGAAAGGCCUGCGCCUGGACCCGGACCGCGUAAAGGACAUCCUGGAGAUGCCGCCACCCUCAAACACAUCAGAAACUCGCCUUAAGGACCUUCUUGGAGCAACCAAUGAGGACCCCGAACUCUCAAACCUGCGUGACUACGCGGAAUCAAGCUGGCCUGAUAACAAGCAAGACGUCCCAGAAAUCGUCCGUCCCUACUGGGCGUACCGCGAGGAGAUACACACUCAAGACGGCCUUCUGUUUCGCAGCAAUAAGAGAUGCUGUCCUCAAGUCUCCUGUGCAGAGGCUGAUGGGACGACAGACGCGGACGCUGCUACCAGUACCAACAAGCCACCUGGAGCCGGAGACUGUGCCAAGCAAAGCUGUCCACAACCGCCUCAAGGCGAUCCGGCAGCGGCAGAUGACCUUCUACAACCGCAACUCCCGAAACCUGCCGCCAUUGUCACCGGGGCAACAGGUCACGACGUACGACACACGCCAGCGAACCUGGUCGCCAGCCGUCAUCCUGAGACCAGCGGGCACCCCGCGUUCAGCGAUUUUUCAGACUGA